AUGAAUUUUGACGAAUUUGGAGAAUUGGCUGGUAAGCUAAUUCAAGAGAAUCACGCUAAACAAGCCUUACAGGCUUUGAACAAGCAACAAAAGCUAUUUAAAACGUUAUUGUCUCAGCGUCUACUACCAAAAGAAGGUUAUUCCGAUCAACAAAUUGAAGCAUUACUUUCGCUUUUUGCGUCUAUGGAUACCAAUAAUUAUGAAAAUCAUAUCGGAAUUGGAGAGAGAGAAGGACGUGUGUAUAGUAAUUUAGUGAUGAAGAGACAUUUUCAUUUGAGCCAUGGAAUUGGCAGAUCAGGAGAAUUGACCUCCAAUCAACCAAAGGCAGCCGGAUCAAGCAUGAUUUUACAAUUAACAAAUUAUUUAGUCAAUCAUGCGCUGCAAAUUGCAGGAUGCAAGAAUGUCAAAAAGUCUAUUGUUGUGCCCAUGUGUACUGGAAUGACUUUGAGUUUGUGUCUGAGGACGUUAGCGAACGAUACCAAGCAACCGAACAAGAAGUAUGUCAUUUGGCCACGAAUCGAUCAACAAUCUGUACUCAAAUCAAUUGAUACUGCUGGGCUUGCUCCUCUAGUCAUUGAAAAUUUGGUGAACGAGGACGGAUCUAUUGAGGCUGAUAUUACAGGAAUUGAGAAGAAAAUACAACAAGUUGGAGCAGAAAACAUUCUGUGUGUACUCUCGACAACGAGUUGUUUUGCACCACGUGUUCCAGACGACGUUUUUGAAAUUGGAAAAAUCUGUCACAAAUAUCAAAUUGGACACAUUGUUAACAAUGCCUACGGUGUUCAAUCCAAAAUCAUUAUGGAGAAAAUUAACAAGGCAAUUGCUAGUUCAAAAUCCACAAUUACAUGUUUUGUUCAAAGCACGGAUAAGAAUUUUAUGGUGCCUGUUGGAGGUGCUAUUGUGGCAAGUGGAGGUGAAUGUGAGGAAUUUGUGGAUAAAGUCUCAAAAUUGUAUGCUGGUAGAGCAAACAUGUCACCGAUAUUAGAUCUAUUUAUUACUCUACUCUCGAUGGGAGCAAACCGAUGGAAAGAAUUACUCUCUGAGAGAGAGGAUCUUUUUCAAUAUUUCAUCAACAAGUUCAGAACUAAUGAAACCAAGAAUUCAAACGCAGCAGAAAAUACUGAGUCCAGCUCCAUUGAUACUUCUUCAACGAAUAGUUCUAAUACUUCACUCGAUCAUCCACUCAUCACAGGAUCCAACUCACGUAAUCACAUCUCGUUUGCGCUCUCCCUUAACAUGAGUAAGGAACAGGCACUGAAACUGGGAGGCAGAUUGUUCUAUCGAAAUUGUACAGGGCCUCGUGUCGUUCUUAAAGAAGCAAAAAAGAACGUGGUUGGUAUUGAUUUUUUAGGUUACGGCUCGCAUACCAAUCAGUACCCCCAUCACUAUAUAACGUUGGCGUGUGCAAUUGGAAUUCAACAGUGUGAAAUUGACUCUUUUGUCCAAAUGUUUUUUAAGGAGAUUAGUACCUUAACGACUAAAUAA